UUUAUUUAGUUGUUCUCAACAUUUCAUAGCGUUCACAAGUUGUAACGGAAAUCUGAAUAAAAGUGCAAAAUUAAUUCAAUACUAAUACAAUGGGAAAACUUGUUUUAUAUGGCAUCGAUCCAAGUCCACCUGUUCGUGCUUGUUUGCUUACUUUAAAAGCCUUAAAUUUGCCCUUUGAAUAUAAAGUCGUAAAUUUAUUGGCCAAGGAACAUUUGUCGGAGGAAUAUUUGAAAAAGAAUCCCCAACAUACAGUGCCCACACUCGAGGAGGAUGGUCAUUUAAUUUGGGAUUCUCAUGCCAUAAUGGCGUAUUUGGUUAGUAAAUAUGGCAAGGACGACUCGCUGUAUCCAAAGGAUUUACUUAAACGGGCCGUGGUCGAUCAACGCAUGUACUUCGAAGCUGGUGUCUUAUUUCAGGAGGGACGCAACAUUACCGCCCCAUUGUUCUUUAGAAAUCAAACCCAGAUCCCUCAACAUCAAAUCGAUAGCAUUGUGGAAAGUUAUGGUUUUCUAGAAGCUUUUCUGAAGAACAAUAAAUACAUGGCCGGAGAUCAUUUGACAAUUGCCGAUUUUAGUAUUGUAACGUCGGUAACCUCGUUGGUGGCAUUUGCGGAAAUCGAUCAAUCUAAAUUUCCCAAGCUGAGUGCAUGGCUGAAGAGUCUGCAAUCAUUAGCAUUCUAUGAAGAAGCCAAUGGUGCAGGUGCUAAACAAUUGGUGGCCAUGGUGAAAUCGAAGAAUUUAACAAUUGUACCUUAAAUAUAACCACAUUUUAUUUCUUAAAUUAUUAAAAAUAAAGAGAAAAUUUGGUCAAGGUGGUUGAAAGUA